CUAUCUGGUCGAGCUGGAGAGUACUAACAUUAACAUACACCCCGCAUCAGAAUCCUCUCCUUUCCAUUAAGUUGAUCUUCAAUUCGUUCUAUCUGUAGUUGAAUCAUCCAAAGAUGAACAAAGGUUUUGGAAAGAAUUGGUUGACAGUAGGUAUAUUAUUAUUUCUGUUGUCAAUUCUGGUGGUUCCAAGCUCAGUUGUGGGGGAGUGCACAUGCGAAGAGGAAGAGGAGAAUGAAGGUGGUGAGGAAGCAGCAUUGGCUCUGAAAUACAAAAUAGCAGCUUUGGGUACGAUUCUGGUGGCAGGUGCAAUCGGUGUAACCAUUCCAACGCUGGGGAAGAUCAAAAGCUUCUCUGCCUUGAGUCCAGAGAGGGAUUUCUUCUUCUUGGUAAAGGCGUUCUCAGGAGGGGUAAUAUUGUCCACUGCUUUUAUACACGUCUUGCCCGAUGCUUUUGAGAAGCUAACAUCUCCCUGCCUCAAGGAACAUCCGUGGGCAGAUUUUCCUUUCACGGGAUUCGUGGCCAUGUUAUCAGCAAUUGCUACGCUCAUGGUUGAUUCUCUUGCUACUGCGUAUUUUGGUCACACUCACAAGAUAGAGGAGGGAGUAGAUCACGUGCAUCUUCAUACACAUGCAACUCAUGGUCAUUCUCAUGGUUCCACUUCUUCCUCAGACUCCACACAACUCCUUCGUCAUCGUAUUAUUUCUCAGGUGUUAGAGCUAGGAAUUGUGGUUCAUUCUGUGAUAAUCGGGAUCUCGUUGGGAGCAAGUGAGAGUCCAAAGACCAUAAGGCCUCUAAUUGCUGCCUUAACUUUCCAUCAAUUCUUUGAAGGCAUGGGCCUUGGUGGCUGCAUCUCUCAGGCAAAAUUCAAUAGAAGAGCAGUUGUAACAAUGGCAGUGUUCUUUACAUUGACAACACCAGUUGGAAUAGCGAUUGGGAUAGGGAUUAGCAAGGCAUACAAGGAGAACAGCCCAAGAGCACUGAUUGUGGAAGGGGUCAUGAACGCAGCAUCUUCUGGGAUAUUAAUUUACAUGUCUCUCGUGGACCUGCUCGCAGCAGAUUUCAUCAACUCAAGAGUCCAACAAAGUGGCCGGCUUCAGUUUGGAGCUUAUACUUCUCUUCUACUUGGUGCUGCUUGCAUGUCUAUUCUAGCUAAAUGGGCUUAAACACCUCCAUCUUUUUUGUUUUUGUGUAAUGCCAACUGCAUCCAAUAGGAACAAUUUCAAAAAAUUAAUACAACAAAAUGCUUUCAUUUAA